UGCUACAGAGGAUAUUGCCGCUGAGGAUCCGAAACCACCGCUAUAUCUUUCUCUCUCAAAUACACGUUCGGUGUUUGAACUUUGGAGGCCAAAUUAUGCACAGUGCCCUGCAAUUACAGUCUCUACAACUCAAUUUCCACUGUGCAUUUCGCUAUUUUGCUUAACCUUUGAUCUCAAAACUGUUCCCAAUUCUUUCAAAGGUAAGCAAAAUUUCACCAAAUCCCUUUCCCCAAUUUAGGGUUUUUGAGAAUUUUAAUGGAUAGUAGUUUCUGCGCAUGAUUGAAUUGCAUUAGCCUCCUGGUACAACUUGCAUUGUUGUUUUGAAUCUUCAAUUUUGCCAUCUUGAUUCGUUUUCAUGUCAUGGGCAAUGUUGAAAUCCCUAAUUGGCUUGAGGAGUUGCCACUGGCACCUGAAUUUCGACCUACAGAUACUGAAUUUUCUGACCCUAUUGCUUAUAUUUCAAAGAUUGAGAAAGAAGCUAGUAACUUUGGGAUUUGCAAGAUUAUCCCACCCUUGCCCAAACCUUCAAAAAAAUAUGUUUUUUCGAAUUUGAACAAGUCCCUUUUGAAGCGUCCCGAAUUGGGUCCAGAUAACAGUUCUUUAGGAGUUGGUAAUUCUUUGAAAUCAGGUUCUUGGGAUAGUAGUACUGAUGGGAUAUCGCGGGCUGUGUUUACUACAAGGCAACAAGAAGUGGGGCAGAAUGUGAAAAAAAUCAAAGGGACGGAUCAGAAGCCACUGUCAUGUGUUCAUAAGCAAGUAUGGCAAAGUGGAGAGGUUUAUACAUUGGAACAGUUUGAGUCUAAAUCGAAGUCUUUUGCAAGAAGCGUUCUUGGUAUGGCGAAGGAUGUUUCUCCACUGGUUAUAGAGGCUAUGUUUUGGAAGGCGGCUUCAGAGAAGCCAAUAUAUGUGGAGUAUGCCAAUGACGUGCCUGGGUCUGCUUUUGGAGAAUCACAGGGUCAGUUUUAUCGAAGUCAUAGAAGGCAACGGAAAAGGACUUAUUAUAAGAGUAGAGUAGAUAGCUCUGUUUGUAAACAAACUGAAAUGGAUGGUGUAAAAGACACAAAAAACGACCAACCUACCGGCGUUGCGACUCCAAGUCAUGCUGACUCAUGUUUAGAGAUGUCUAAAUCAGCUAUGACUAUGUCACCAUCUACAGAAAAUGAGGCAUCACAGUCUUCUAAGGAGAGGACUUCAGAUGCCAACAAUGAUAUGCAAGGCACUUCAGGUUGGAAGCUUUCAAAUAGUCCUUGGAAUUUGCAAGUUAUUGCCCGUGCUUCAGGCUCACUAACGCGUUUCAUGCCGGAUGAUAUUCCUGGUGUUACUUCUCCUAUGAUAUACAUUGGUAUGUUGUUUAGUUGGUUUGCCUGGCAUGUAGAGGACCAUGAGCUUCACAGCUUGAAUUAUCUUCACACUGGCUCAUCAAAGACUUGGUAUUCUGUUCCUGGAAGUUAUGCUCUUGCCUUUGAGGAAGUCAUCCGCACCGAGGGUUAUGGUGGUGAUAUUGAUCAAUUUGCUGCUUUGAAACUAUUGGGCGAGAAAACAACUCUCUUAACACCUGAGGUAGUUGUUGGAUCUGGGAUUCCUUGUUGCAGGUUAGUACAGAACCCUGGUGAAUUUGUCGUGACUUUUCCAAGAGCUUAUCAUGUAGGAUUCAGCCAUGGUUUUAACUGUGGGGAAGCUGCUAACUUUGGGACUCCACAAUGGCUUGGUAUAGCUAAAGAAGCUGCUGUGCGUAGAGCUGCAAUGAAUCAUCUUCCCAUGCUCUCCCAUCAGCAACUGCUUUACUUGCUUACCAUAUCUUUUAUUUCAAGUGUGCCAAGGACACUAUUACCUGGUGUGCGCAGUUCUCGUCUGAGAGACCGUCAGAAAGAAGACAGAGAGAUUCUAGUAAAGCAGGCUUUUAUAGAAGAUAUGCUGCAGGAAAACAAACUGCUAUCCGUUCUUCUUGGAAAAGAAGCUACUAAACAAGUUGUUUUAUGGAAUGCUGAUUUACUACCAGAUUCUGGCAAAUAUCGUCAGCUGCCGGAUUUAGCUUCUACUUCUGGAACCUAUGUAACAGACAUGUCAAAUGAUAAUAUUAGUUCUGCAGAUAAGAGUAGCCAUUCUCUUCUUGAUGAUAUGAGUUUGUACAUGGAGAAUCUGACCGAUUUAUAUGAUGGUUGUGAUGAUAGUCUUCCAUGUCACUUCCAAACUGACUCAGGAGCAUUGGCUUGUGUGGGAUGUGGAAUACUUGGUUUUCCAUUUAUGACAUUGAUACAGCCAACUGAAAAAUCAAUAAUGGAACUUCUUCCUGAUAAUCAUCAUCUAGUUGAAGAUUCUUCCCUGAACUCUGUUGCCUCCCUUCACAGUGUAGUCUCAAGGGAUCUUUCUGUUUCUGAACUUGCUUUGGCAGAGGAUUCACAAAAUCAGUCACUGAUCAAGUGCAAUAAGUGUUGGAACACCUCCAGUAAAUUUAUGAAGCCGCGGAUUUUCUGCUUGGAGCAUGCUGUUCAGAUAGUAGAGAUGUUGCAGAGCAAAGGUGGAGCCAAUGUGCUUAUAACUUGUCAUUCAGACUAUCCGAAAAUAAAGGCACAUGCCAGUGCAGUUGCAGAAGAGAUAAAAAGUGAUUUUGAUUAUAAUGAGGUUCCAAUAGAUAUUGCAUCCCCAGAAAAUUUGGCUCUGAUAGAUCUGGCAAUUGAUGGUGAAGAACUUGAUGAAUGUGAAGACUGGACAUCUAAACUAGGCCUUAACCUGCGGUUUUGUGUCAACAGUAUGAACAAAUCUCCAUGUAAACAAGUUCCUUUGACACUAGCAUUAGGGAUGCAGCUUUAUCCUAAACAUCCUGGUUUAUCUAUAAAUUGGCAUUCACAAAAAACUCGGUCUAAAAGGUCGAAUUGUUUAGCUCAGUUUAAACCUGACAAAAUUCAGAUAAAGAAAGACGAUCCUUUGCAAAUAGAUGGCUCCAUUGCUGAAAAGAAGCUAAUUCAAUAUUCAAGAAAGAAGUUCAAGUCAAAGCAAAGCAGUUUCUCUGCAGCAAGCACGGUUCGUGAAUCCCAUGAAAAGUCCAAAAAUGCACCAGCUGUUUUGAGUGGGGAUCAUUAUAAAUGUGUUUCUAAAGUUGAGCUUGACACAAACAGUUUCAGGAGUGAUUGUGCUUUGUCGCAUGGCUCUGCUUCUGCUGCAAUAUCUCCAAUGCAUCAUGAAAUCCAGAAUGCCGAAGCUCCCACUAGUAUGAGCUUGAAUACCGGUGUCUCAGAAAUAUGUGGCAAAGAGAGUGAGGAUUGUCAGGACAAGAAAUAUUCUCAUUCUCUUACAAGUGGAAUAGAUGGAAAUAUUGAUGUGUUAGGAAACAACCAAAUUACUGAAGCAUUUGUCAAUGAUAGCAAGUGUAAUGACAUAGAUUUGGAUGGUGAAGGGUAUCUAGAAUAUCAGUCUGCAUGCAAAAGCAACAGUGAAGCUGUUUUAUCGACAUCAAUUAAAAACCAACCUGCUCUUGCCACUGUUGAUGGAAGUUUUGAAAGUCCAAAUUAUACUUAUGCUGAAGAAAGAGUAAACAAUUCAAUGUCAUUAAAAGUGACAACUGAGGGAGAAAGUAAGUCUUUGAAUGAAAUGAACAAGGAACCUCUAAAUGAUGAUAAAACAAUAAGCGAACAUAGUCCUAUUGCAGACGUUUGUGAAGUUCCAAGAGAGGUUUAUGCUUCUGCAGACUUCUAUGAUACAGUAAGGUUGGAUGGUGAAAUGCAGCAUGAAGGACAGGUUGGAAAAAGUGGUAAAGAAGAAAUAAUUCAGUCCACUCAUAUUUCAGCAAAACAAAUUUGCGAAUCUACAAGUGGGGAAUAUGUUGAGGGGUUGCAAGAUGAAGCGGUUUUAGAGUCUGCAAAGCAGUCUCCGAUCCAAAUUAAGAGUAGAACUAAUGAGGAACCCGUUUCUAGUUUUGUUGCAAAAGGCAAUAGUAGAAGUGUAUCUGUAUCAGAAAUAGGAUGUUCUGAAGUUUCAGUAGAAACCUAUCCCGAAGAAGACUCAUGUAUUCAAUUUCUUCCGAGUACAGAAACAGAAAUGGAAAUCCAGCCCGUUAAUAGAAUUAAUGAGGAACUUUCUGUAUCAACUCAGGAAUGUUCUCAGACCGAGAAAAAGACUUGUGGUAAAGAAAACAUAAAUGGAAGCGAAGUAGAUUUGUCACAAGAUAAUGGGGAGCUGGAAAGCUGUGACUUGACUACAGCAGCUCCCAGAUCCAAUCCCGCAAAGAACAAAAAGAGGAAAAUGGAAGACCCUGCUAAGAACCAACUUGAUUGCUAUGACUUUAUAAGAAGUCCAUGUGAGAGGUUGAGGCCAAGAACUGGGAAGAUUGCCACCACAAGCAAUAGUGGAAGAGUCAUCAGCCAAAACGACGAGGAAAAUCCGGUUGCUAAAAGGACACGGAAACCUCCCGAAGCAUCUUCAGUUCCUCGCAAAGAUAGAGAAGCUUCAGUUCCUCGCAAGGAUAAAAAAGUCAAUGUUAAAAGGCCGCACAAGUGCGACCUUGAUAAUUGCCGUAUGCGUUUCACAACCAAGGCUGAGUUACAGAUGCACAAACGUAACCUUUGCCCACAUGAAGGGUGUGGUAAGAAAUUCAGUUCCCACAAAUACGCACUUAUUCACCAGCGCAUUCACGAGGACGAUAGGCCCCUGAAAUGUCCAUGGAAAGGCUGUUCCAUGUCAUUCAAGUGGGCAUGGGCAAGAACCGAGCAUCUAAGGGUUCAUACUGGGGAGAAACCUUAUCAAUGUAAAGUCGAGGGUUGCGGCCUUUCUUUCAGGUUUAUAUCAGAUUUUAGCAGGCACAGACGAAAAACAGGACACUAUGUGAAAUCUCCCGCCUGAAACAUUCAUUCUGUAACAUGUGCAUAUAUGUGAUUAGAUGUGAGGCAAUAGAUGUCUGUCUGACCAUAAGCAUUCUGGUUAGCUAGCUGUAAAGUUAGGAUAUAGAAUGGUUGUAAUUGCUCAAUAUCCAAUCAAUUUGGUAAUAACUUGUGAAGGAGUUUUGAUCA